GAGAGAGAGGGAGAGAGAGAUUUCUGUGAGAGAGAGAGAGAGAUUCUACUGCGCUUUGGCUACGAACAAAGACAUCGAAAAACAAAGAUAUGUGGAAGCUUAAGAUUGCUGAAGGUGGUCCAGGGCUUAAAAGCAUAAAUAAUUACCUUGGAAGACAAAUAUGGGAGUUUGAUCCGCAUCUUGGGACCCCUGAAGAGAGGAUUGCCGUUGAAAAUGCUCGUGAAGAUUAUCGCAAGAAUCGGUUUGAAAUGAAGCACAGCUCUGAUCUACUAAUGCGAAUGCAGUUUGCAAGAGAGAAGCCAUGUGAUGUGAAGCUACCCCCAGUGAGAUUAGAAGAGAAAGAAGAUAUCACAGAGGAAGCAGUGAUCAGAACCUUAAGGCGGGCCAUCGGGUUCUAUUCGACCAUCCAAGCUCAUGAUGGCCAUUGGCCCAACGACUGCGGCGGUGUGUUGUUUCUUCUACCUGGCCUGGUGAUUGGUUUGCAUAUUGUAGGAGUCCUGAAUACUGUUUUACCGGCGGAGCAUCAACGAGAGAUCCGACGGUAUAUGUACAACCAUCAGAAUGCAGAUGGUGGGUGGGGCUUGCACAUAGAGGGCCACAGCAUCAUGUUCUGUACAGCACUUUUCUACGUUGCACUGAGAUUGCUUGGUGAAGAUGGUGAUGGUGGUGAAGAUGGGGCUAUGAUGAAAGCUCGAAAGUGGGUCCUGGAUCGCGGUGGGGCCACUUCAAUACCAUCUUGGGGAAAAAUGUGGCUUUCGAUACUUGGUAUAUAUGAAUGGUCAGGCAAUAAUCCCAUGCCACCAGAACUAUGGCUUCUUCCUGAAUUCCUUCCUAUUCAUCCAGGACGGAUGUGGUGCCACUGUCGUAUGGUUUACCUGCCGAUGUCGUAUUUAUACGGGAAGAGAUUUGUGGCUCCAAUAACAGAAAUGAUUUUGUCGCUAAGAUCGGAGCUCUACACCGUCCCAUACGAUCAAAUAGAUUGGAACAAAGCACGCAAUUCAUGCGCAAAGGAAGAUCUGUAUUACCCACAUCCCCUAAUACAAGAUAUCCUAUGGGAAGGUCUUCACAAGAUUGGAGAACCUCUUCUUAGAAAAUGGCCCUUCUCCAAGCUGAGAGAGAAAGCUCUAAGUGUCACAAUGCAACAUAUACACUACCAAGAUGAAAAUAGUUGGUACAUUAGCAUAGGCCCUGUCAGCAAGGUGUUGAAUAUGGUUUGUUAUUGGGUGGAUGAUCCAAGUUCAGAGGCAUUCAAGUUGCAUAUUCCACAAAUCUACGACUAUCUGUGGGUUGCUGAGGAUGGCAUGAAAAUGCAGGGAACCAAUGGAAGUCAGUUAUGGGACACUGCCUUUGCCAUUCAAGCAAUUAUCUCAAGUGAUCUUGUCGAAGAAUACGGUUCGACUCUUAAAAAAGCUCAUGACUUCAUAAAAAAGUCACAGAUUCGGGUGAACUGUUCUGGUGACUUUAGUUCCUGGCAUCGUCACAUAUCUAAAGGAGCAUGGCCCUUCUCAACAGUAGAUCAAGGAUGGCAAGUAUCAGAUUGCACAGCAGAAGGAUUAAAGGCUGCUAUCUUACUGUCAAAAAUCCCUCCAGAAACAGUCGGAGAACCAAUAUCCGCAGAGCAGUCAUAUGACGCUGUAAAUGUCCUUCUUUCAUUACAGAAUAGCAAUGGCGGUUUUGCAUCAUAUGAGCUGACAAGAUCUUACCAAUGGAUGGAGUUGAUCAAUCCUUCUGAACUUUUUGAGGAUAUUGUUAUCGAUUACACGCAUGUGGAAUGCACUUCAGCAGUAAUACAAGGUUUGACAUCAUUUAUGAAAUUAUAUCCUGGACACCAGAAGAAAGAAAUAGAAGCUUGCAUUGCAAAAGCAGUCGAUUACGUUGAAAAAGUACAACAAACCGAUGGUUCGUGGUAUGGCAAAUGGGGAGUAUGCUACACCUACGGCACGUGGUUUGGAGUGAUGGGGUUGGUGGCCGGCGGAAGAACCUACCAGAAUAGUGGUAGAAUUCGGAAAGCUUGUAACUUCCUAUUGUCAAAACAGCUAGCUUCUGGAGGUUGGGGAGAGAGCUACCUUUCGUGUCAAAAUAAGGUAUAUACAAAUCUUGAAGGGAACAAGUCACAUUUGGUAAAUACUGGAUGGGCUAUGCUGGCUCUUAUUGCUGCCGGGCAGGCUGAGAGAGAUCCAAUUCCUUUGCAUCGAGCAGCGAGGCUACUGAUCAAUUCCCAAAUGGAAAAUGGUGAUUUUCCUCAGCAGGAAAUAAUGGGAGUCUUCAGCAGUAAUUGUAUGACCAGCUAUUCUGCAUAUAGAAACAUCUUUCCGAUAUGGGCUCUUGGAGAAUACCAUCGUCAGUUGUGGAUCCACUCGAAUACGCAUACGUAUGUAUAAAUACAUAUUGCUAAGUCAGCUACAGGACUUCUCUGUCAACUAGGGAGGUAAGAAGACAGCAAUCAGUGAGGAAUUGGAAGAUUGGAAAGAUUCCACUACCAAACUACUCUAUAAAAGAGAAGGUUUCCAUCCCCUCUCCUCUCACAAUCUUGAGUAGGAAAAAGCUUCAUUAGUAGGUGCUCCUAAAGGUUAGAAGGAACGUUUGAAUCAGCAGCACUAUUCAUCUUCCACUUGAACUUGAUUAAAGAUAUUAAUGACAGAUCAUGUAGUACAGCUUUUCUAACUUCUCUUUCUCCAUGCAUUCAACUCAUGCAAUCCUGAAAUUGCAGCAAUGUGCUUGCAUAUGUAUUAUGUAUAAUGAAUGGUGCUUCACCUUCAUGUGUAUUUCAUGAGAACGAAUGAUUGCAUUAUGGAUUUUAAGAAAAAAUAAUAAAAUAAUUUCUUCCCUUCUCUUUCA